CCCGCGGUUCCGCUUCCGCUGUGGCGCCCCCUGGUGCCUCGGCCGCGUGUUUCCCGCCUCAUCUCGCUCUCGGCCUCGCGUCCCGGCGAUGGAAGCGGCGGCCCCGGAGGGCGCGGAUCCGGGGAGCGGCGGUGCGGAGGAGCCGGUGGUGUCCCUGGCCGAGGUGCUGGCCGAGAACGAGGAGCUCGAGAAGGAGGCGCGGGCCGUGCUCGGAGGCAGCGACCACGAGCGCUGCAGCUACUCCCAGGGAGCCGUGAAGCGGCAGGCGCUGUACGCCUGCAGCACCUGCACGCCGCCCGGCGGGGAGCCGGCGGGGAUCUGCCUGGCCUGCAGCUACGAGUGCCAUGGCUCACACCGCCUCUUCGAGCUCUACACCAAGAGGAACUUCCGCUGUGACUGUGGAAACAGCAAGUUCAAAAAUCUGCAGUGCAAGUUACUGCCAGAAAAGGGCAAGGUGAAUGCAGGAAAUAAGUAUAAUGACAAUUUCUAUGGAUUAUACUGUAUUUGUAAAAGACCUUAUCCUGAUCCUGAAGAUGAGAUUCCAGAUGAGAUGAUCCAGUGCAUAGUCUGUGAAGACUGGUUCCAUGGAAGGCAUCUUGGUGCAGUUCCCCCUGAAAGUGGAGACUUCCAUGAAAUGGUAUGCCAAGCCUGCAUGAAUCACUGUGGUUUCCUCUGGGCUUAUGCAUCACAGUUAGCAGUUCCUCCUUUGACCAAAGUGAACUCCCUUGAAGGUGAAGGGGUUUUCCUGAAGGUUAAGGAGAGUGAAGAGCAGAAAAAAGAAAUAAAAAAAGAAAGUGGAGUGGAACACCAGGAAAUGAAGGAAGAAAAGCAAACAGAACAGUUUAAUGAGCCUUCCACUAGCUUUGGGUCUGCCUGUCCAGAGGUGGUCACUAAGAGCGAGGAGCCGGUCUGCAAGCUGAAGGAACUCCAGAGCAAGCCAUUUGUAAAAAAAGACAGUGCCACCUUUUGGCCACUGAACUGGAGAAGCAAACUGUGCACCUGUGAAGACUGCUUGAAAAUGUAUUCAGAGCUUGAAGUGCAGUUCCUGACAGAUGAAUGUGACACUGUCUUGGCUUAUGAAAAUAAAGGUACCAGUGACCAAGAAACAGAGAGGAGAGAUCCUUUAAUGGACACCCUUAACAGCAUGAACAGAGUUCAGCAAGUAGAACUCAUUUGUGAAUACAAUGAUCUGAAGACAGAACUGACAGACUAUCUCAGGAGAUUCGCCGAUGAGGGAACGGUGGUUAAAAGAGAAGACAUUCAGCACUUCUUUGAAGAGUUUCAGUCACGGAAAAGACAACGGACUAACAGGAUGCAGUACUACUGUAGUUAGACUGAGAGGGUUUGAGUCUGAAAGGACAACUGGGCAAACAAUAUUCAUUGGCAAACAGCAGCGGCAUCUUCAAUAUUUGACUUCUCAUCAAAAUCCGACUGUCCAGGAAAUGUCUUCAUUUUGUCUCUUCUUUAUUUGUAGCAACUGAAGUGUGAUCCUAACAGGUACAUUAUUGCAUUUAUAGGGAUUUCAGAGUCCUGAUGGACUUUGCAUUCCUGUGAAAGCUGGCUGUGUCCUUCAAGGGUGGGUGGCUUGUUCCAGGAACAGCAUCCCACUGUUUUUCCCUUCUGCCUUUCACUUGUUUUACUGUUAGUGCCUAUUGCUGUGCAUGGUACUAAACCCCUGUGGGGUCUGCCUGCCCUCCUGUGCAGUGCAGGGCGGAUGCUUUCACUGUGCUUUGCAAGACUGGAGUGCUUUUCUAACGUACUUUAAAUGGCUCUGUAUCAUCUCUCCAGGUGUAGUAACUGUCCAAGUGUCCCUGAACAAAGGAAGUGUCUGUUCACAGUUCCCUGAAGGGCAGAGAAGGCAACCCCCUAUUACAACUAUGGGGUGAAAUUGCAUUCUAACAUGGGGGUCACAUAGAAUGGUUUGGGUUGGAAGGGACCUUAAAGCUCAUUUAGUUCUAAUCCCUGCCAUGGGCAGCGACACCUUCCACUAAACCAGGUUGCUCAAAGCCCCGUCCAACUGGCGUUGAACACUGCCAGGGAUGGGGCAGGUGACCUACCCAGCACUGUGCUGCUGCAGGCUUGCUGUCUGCUGCAGAGGUGCUCCCAAGGCAGGUGAAAGAUGAGAAAUCACAGAUUAGGCUUGAUGCAACAAAAUGCUGUCUGCUUUUAUAAAUUCAGAAAAUUUGUUUCAUUGUAGAGUGAUGUACAAUUAAUAUUGUACAGUGAUGUUUUACAUGCAGAGCGGAUUGGCACAUGAACAUUAUUGACACAGUAGACUGUAAACAGUCUCUAGGAAGAGGUACCAAAUUACAAAUUAUGCAUUGGGAGGGGGUUGUUUUAGGACUUAAAAUGUGCUUUCAUUUAAAAAAUUCGCCUACUGCCAAUUAUGCCACCUCAUAAAUGGCCAUAAAGACACUGCAGCAUCCUGGCAUUUUGCUGCAGUAUAAAUUGUGUGAUCUUUUUAUAAUCACUGUGAUACUCCUGGAACAGAUGUUUCACUGACUUUUAAGAAUCUACUUAGCUGCAAUUAAAUAGUGACUUUUUAUAAGUUUGGAGCCUAAUGUAGUUUUUAGUUUCCUUUACCCACAAACCCCAAAACAUACAUUAAGAAAGUUCUACUUUUUAACUUCUGCUUUAUGUAGUUUGAGGAUUUCCUUACCAUGGGGUACUGUUCUGCUUCCAUGUUAAUGACUUUUGAGAGGAAAAGCCAGAUCUUUAUCUAUCAUUUUCCCUACUGUUUCUGACCACUUUAUUUACAAAAGCUAGUUCUAGCCUAGGGCUGCAGUUCAUGGGUUGGUUUCAUGCAAAAUGACUAAUUGCUUUUCAGUUUAACUCUGGGUAUUGUACAUGCUUUUUUUUGUAGCAGCUGUUAGGGAAUUGUAACUGCAUAUCUAACUACAGUAUCUCAAAAUUAAAUAACUGUUUGGUCGCUA